AUGAUGGUUCUCGCGGAAGGUUCCACAUCCUUCUACAUCUGGAGGGACAUUCCGAUCCCAAUGUACCUGGAGUGUUUUCUGUUCAACAUCACCAAUACAGAAGACAUUCUCGCUGGAAAGAACGUCAGCUUGCAGGUGCAACAAGUGGGGCCCUAUGUUUUUAAGGAGAUACGAAAGAAGGUGAAUAUAACGUGGAAUGAAAAUAAUACGGUGACAUUCAGAAACCAACGGUACUGGUAUUACCAUCCUGAAAUGUCAAAUGGAAGCCUCUCAGACGUGGUGACCAGCAUCAAUCCUAUUAUUGUGACAAUAGCCUACGCGCUACGCAACGAGCGUGUCAUGUUACGUGUAUUCGUCGACAUGAUUAUGCGCAUUUCUCACAGGGAUAUAUUUUUGAAAGCGAAUGUCUCGUCAUGGCUGUUUGACGGAAUCGAGGAUCCAUUGCUCAAUUUAGCUAAUAGAAUACCCAAUAUACCGUACGAUAUUCCAUUCGAUAAAUUCGGCUGGUUGUAUACUCGAAACGGUUCAAUAGAUUAUGACGGUGAGUUCGUGGCGAAUACUGGUGAAAAGGACUUUUUCCAACUUGGCAUGGUCGAGAGAUGGCAGCACACGAAUAGAACAAUCUACCGGGAUAAGUGUGGGGAGUUGAAGGGAUCCUCGGGAGAGCUAUGGGCACCUCAAAGAGGCCUGGAUGAACUAAGUAUAUUUGCACCAGAUCUGUGCACCCACAUGACACUUAUAGCUGAUCGACCAGUUAGAUUUAUGGGUCUUGAUGGCAUGCAGUAUAUUGCAAAUGAUUCACUCUUCGAUAAUGGACAUAAAUAUCCAGAUAUGGCAUGCUACUGUGAUGAGCCUCGUGAUAGCAACUGCCUCCCAGCUGGGGCUCUCAAUGUAUCUGCUUGUAAAUUUGGAGCUCCAGCAUUCGUGACCCGACCACACUUUCUCGACAUGGAUCCUUACUACCCCAGCAAGAUAAAAGGACUUGCUCCUAACAAGAAUCAUAACUUCAAAAUGUCUAUAGAGAUGAAUACAGGUAUGCCACUCGCUAUAUCUGCACAGCUGCAGGCAAAUGCCUUAGUUAGACAUAUCCCCGGCAUGAGUUUAAACAACCAGCUUCCCGAUCCCGACGUCUUGGUACCAAUGUUUUGGUUCCGUGAGGAAAUUGUGGUUAAUGAGAAAUACGCUAACUUCGCUCGGACUGCAUUAAGCAUCAAAUACGUAACGCCUUACGGGUUUUAUACACUCAUUUUAAUCGGCUGUGCAGUGUUGGCAGUGACAAUUUGGCAAUACAGAAAACACCAAAAUAUAAUAAAGAAGCAACAUAUUUCACAUGAAGAUACAAUAUUGACACAAUCUUUUCUAAAGAAAGGAGAAUCUAGUUAG